AUGAACUUGAAGCUACUAUCACACCUAUCUAAAUCUCAAAGACAGUCAAUAGUUAUGUCGUCGUAUAAACCCCCAGUUAAUCGAGAGAUGAGGGAAUUGGACCGCUCCUUUUUCCACAAAACAAUCCCACUUAAAGCUGCUUAUUUUCCUCAGCCUAGGUUCUUGGGACAAUUUGUGAAGGCAUGCCAACCCGAUAUCUUUUACGUACGCAAUAUUAAACACAUUAUCGAUUUGGAUAACUCAAAAGCAGUGUUGUUGAGAGAAGGUGUUGAGAAGGUGGAGGAUUUGACUGAAAAGACACAGGAAAAGAUCAAAGAGUAUGAUAUUGAAUUGAGGCCGUAUCAACUCCAACUUGACUACUCAUUUUGGAAAAGUGACGAAAUUUUGCAAGCGAUCUUACCUGAGCAUUUAGCGGAUGAGGUCCCUAGUGGGUACAGUCAAGCCGGACAUCUCGCGCACUUGAACUUACGAGACGAAUUCAAACCAUAUGGUAAAUUAAUUGGACAAGUCAUUUUGGACAAAAACCCAUCCAUCAAGACAGUUGUUGACAAGAAGGAUACCAUCGCUAACAAGUUUCGGACAUUCCCCUUGGAGCUACUUGCAGGAGAGGACAACUUUGUCGUUGAGCAGAAUGAAAGCGGGUGUCGUUUCAAGUUUGAUUUCAGCAAAGUUUACUGGAACUCACGACUCAGCACUGAGCACGAAAGACUUGUUGACAAAUUCGGAAAACAUGAAGUUGUGGGUGAUGUCAUGGCUGGAGUAGGACCCUUUGCAUUGCCCAGUGGUAAAAAGGAUACCAUUGUACUAGCCAACGAUUUGAACCCAGAGAGUUUCAAGUACUUGCAAGAGAAUAUCGAAUUGAACAAGGUCGACACGUUUGUCAAAGCGUGGAACUUGGAUGGACGUGAGUUCAUUUCAAAAGCAGCGGAUUUGCUACAUGAGUUAUCAAACAAGGGUCCGUUGAAAAAGACUAUUGUGAAACGCUCCAAAAACAACAGAAUCACAACGACUGAAGAAAUACCAGUACCUAAAUUCUACCACCACUUUGUUAUGAACUUGCCAGACUCCGCCUUGACUUUUCUCGAUGCGUACAUUGGACUUUAUUCGAAACAUCCGGAAAUUCGCAGCGAACCAGGGUUCAAACUACCCUGGAUACACGUUCACUGUUUUGAAAAAUUUGAAAAUGGUGAAGAUCCAACAUUGCAAGAGUUGAGUCAGAGGUUAUGGACGAAGAUAUGCAAAUUGAUUGGCCAUGAGUUAGAUAUUACCAAGAUGGAAUUCCACCAGGUGCGUAUGGUGAGUCCUACGAAACCAAUGUUUUGCGUGUCGUUUGAAUUGCCAGAGGAGGUUGCAUUUAGAAAGUAA